AUGGGUAAAGAAAUCCCUAAAGACAGUCCCAACAAGUCUGCACUGAACAUCAAGAAGUCUGAUAAAUUCUUCCAAUACAAGAAGCUCACCAACAAUGUGCUAGUCUUUUUAAUCAACAGACAGCUGAACAGGCACAGAAGUGACAUCAACCUGUCAAGGAGGCUGUGGAUGCUGUCAUAA